AAGGGGAAUCCAGUCUAACUUCGUCUGUCAGCCUAUCCAUUACUACCGCAAACAGGAAGGGGCUCAGCGCGGAUCCCUGAUGCAGUCCCACCUCCACCUUAAAUUCUUCUGACACAUCUCCGGCACAUCUCACCGCUGUUCUGCUGCCCUCAUACAUGUCCUGUACUAUUCUAACAUAUUUCUCCGCCGCACUAGACUUGCGCAUGCAGCACCACAGUUCCUCUCUUGGUACUCUGUCAUAGGCUUUCUCUUUUUUUGUACCCAGCAAGUGCAUUUUAGAGUCAUUCAUUCUCUUAUUUAUUUAUUUUUUUUUUGAACACCGAAAGUAGGCAGCGUGUGUAGUAGCUGCUUUUUCCACCUCUUAAUGAUAAACUAGUAUCAGUGUGAAGAUAAGCUAGCAAGCUAGCUUGCCCUCAGUUUACCUGCAGCAGUUGACCACGCCCUCGUGCGCAAACACACGCGCACAACCAGGAAGCUGAAAGUUGAGGAAGACUCUUCUCUUCUUCUUCUUCUUCUCACCCCCCGACCGAGACACGAUGGGUCCGCCGUGCUCCAAGGUCCAGUGAAUUCACUCACUCGGGGACGAAGUCUUGGCGUACCUGCGAAUUGUCGGCCAGCAUGCCGCUUUUGGGCGUUCCGCUCUGCUUUCUUCUCUCCUGCGUCGUCUUCGCGGUUUCAGGGUUCCAGAGAGUGACUCUCACCCCCGAGCCCGGCACCACCGUCAACAUCAGCGGCGAGGCCGCGGGCUCGUCUUGCAAAGUGUGCAGUGGGGCGAGGCGCAGCUGCGACAAGUCACUCCUGUUGAAAGGCGACACCCCCGUCACGAUGGAGUUCACUUGCCCCCGACCCGAAGAUGAAUUCAUGGUGGAGAUCAUACGAGACAUAGAAUGUACCACAAAGGCGUGCAUUGGUGACAUCACGCAGACGGACUCGGGCGUCGAUCCUUGGUGGGAUUUCCACCGCAGAUUCACCUGGAACCUGAAAGACUCGGGACCGAAGUCGAUCCAAGUGGACUUUAGCAAGACGGGCCUGAGACAAAUUCCUCCAUCUGAAACCUGCCCAGAUAUGCACACCUACACCUUCAAGGCCUUCCAGGCAACGGGGACUGCGGUCCUUGGGAAAUACUGCAGGGCUGGCCCCAUCAGCAGUGGUCAGAUUCAAAACAAGGGCAGCUUCUCUCUGGAUGUCCCGCCAGGAUUGAGGGUCCAAAGUGACCAGUUUGCCGUGUCUGUUGGGGAGGAAAUCAAAUCUCUUGCCAAAAUCACAGUGAGGUUGCCACAUGGGCAGUCUUCCUCCGAGGUGCUGUCUCCAAACUUUCCCGGGAGUUUUCCCGACGACGACGUGAUGGAGUGGUACUUUGAGGUCACGGACAUAAACAGGGUCGCGAUUGAGUUCCUGGACCUCACGGAGCCGCAUUGCCUGAAGAAGGAAACUGCGGCCGAGUACCACAGCAAAGGGAGGCUGGCCCUGGUGACGGCUCUGACGGACCCCCAGCCGGUUCAAAUUCGGGGAGAAUUUUCUCUGAUUCUGAGGAACUGUGAGACGGACAGAAGACGGGCUGAUUCUCAAGGACUCUCCCUGAAACUCAAGGUGACAUCCUCAAGAGCGAGCUCACCAGUGUUGUGCACUGUGGACAUGAGGAAAACGAAGCACCUUUCCGUGCACUUGGAGAGGCUGAAAUCUGCCUCCGACUGUGAGAUGAAAAUAAACUCCGCGACAAGGGAGCAGAUCACGGUGCCGCCCGGGACCGUCUCUCUGCUGUCUUUCCAAGACUGCCUUCCUCAAGACGUCAACGUCAUAGCCAGUGGCGUCAUCGCGUGCAAUCAACUCAAAGACUGUCCGAAGUUCCCGGUGCCACUCACGGUGCCUUCCCUGCCGGACUGCCUGCCGUCCCCCCUGAGCGCCGUGACGUGGGCCCUGCGUCCUCCCCCGCACGGCACCGUGGAGCUCGGCUCUUCAACGUCGCCGCUGCGGCAGUCUCUGCCGGGUCGAUCGUGCGACGACAGCGUCAUUACCCUGACGGAGGACGACGGCACCGCCGUCGGCCGCUUCUGUCCCCGGGGGGCCAUUGAGAAGGUCCAAAUCCACAGCAACGUAUCGGUGACUGUGGCCGGAGUGGGGGGCAAAGCCCUCAUCCAGUCUGGGAAGUCUUUGUUGACUGCUAGUUUAAAAGAGGACAUAGCAGAAAGGUACAUCUUCACAGUGUCGCCCAAAAGAGAGGAGCCCCUCCUCCUGGGGACGCCCGGCUGGCCAGCGGGGAUGGAGUCCUACGCCACCGUGUCCUGGAUCGUCAGGCUCCCCCCGAAGAUGGAGGCGCACUUGAGCUUCGUCAACCUGAGCCAGCCCAAGUGUGCCAACCGCCACACCAACAUCCGGGUGCAGAGGUUCGACAGUCUGGAGGAGGACUACAGCCGCAGGGAAGACGAGGCGGCCGACGACGUCAGCGUCUCCGAGAGCUUCUACCUCAACAUGUCCAACUGCAUGCCCGAGAGAGGAGAGUUCAAGGUCAUCGCCGAGAUCACGGUCCAGAAAGACCAACUGCUGAUUAUCAUCGUGAGUGUGGUCGCUGCCCUGGUGCUCCUUUUUAUCGUCGUGCUGGUGGUGGUCUGUUUUGUCAUCAAGAAGAAGAAAAAGAAGCUUGAGCAUCAGGUGUCCAUCUACAAUCCCAACGGAAGCGCCUUCCAGCCCCGGCGCAACGGCUUCCCGAAAACCCGCGAAGACAACGAGUCCCACGUCUACGCCUCCAUUGAGGACACGCUCGUCUACACCCACCUGCUGAGAAAAGGGGCGGAAAUGGGAAUCUACAACGAGUCAGACACGUACCAGUCCUUCCCGGGGGGGGCGGACUCGCAGCCGUCGCAAGACGACGGCGAGAUGGAGACGGGAGUUUACCGGGCGUAUCCGUCGUCGUCCGAGCGGGCGCCGCCGCUUCCCAACAGGCCCCCCAGCCACAGCUACGCCCUCGUGGACAACGUGAUCUACCAGGGCCGGUCCUCCUCGGACGAGUCCCCGGCGAAGAUGGGCGCACGGCUGGAGCCGGAGGGAGGCAACUGAUUGGAUGCUGGAUUUCCAAAUCGUUCUUUCGUUUUCCCUGCGCGGGUUUUUGCACCAAAUUCACAAACUCGCCUGCCGCUUCUCUGGUGAAAUCGAAACCGGAUCUCGCUUUCCUGCGUCCGACCGAUGGAAAUAGACUGUGUCACAAGGACGGCUUUUCGUUUGGGAUACGGCGUCGCACUUUUGGAAUAACUGUGUUGAGGAGUGGCCAUAACAGAAGCCUUUUAGCCAUUUUUAGUAAUAAUGAUAAUAAAGUGGUGUAAAGAGAUGCUUCCUUUGUUCAUUGCCUGCAUGGAAGCUUGUAAGCAAACUAAAACUCACCA